CGCGUUAACAUUGCUUAAGUCAAGUAUUGGUUUAAAAUUAAUUAGAAACUAGUAUUAAAAGUUCCAACAAUAGGUUCAAACCUGUUUAUAAUAAAAUUCCAUUUUUCUUAAGAAAAUUAUUGUUUCGCUUAUGAUGUCAACUUCCAAUACGAAUAUCAUUUAUUUCGGAAUAUGGGUUAUUUUAAUACAAAUUCUCCGGACAGAAGCGCUUCCUACAGAUUCUGAUAGUUCGGGAAAUGAAAAUAAAUGUCAGUUACCGGAACAUUACCUUAAUUUGGUGGCUCGUUUGCAUCCACAGAAUGAGACGAUACCUUUUGGCAGUUGGGUAGACAAUUAUGAAAUUGUUCACUUAGAUUGUUCGAAUGGUGAUCGCCUCGAAACCAAAGAGAGUUUAAAUUGCCAAAAUGGUGAAUGGAUAGGAACAUUUCCCACAUGUGAUCAAUAUUGUGAUGCUGAGCAAUUGCUUGGCUUAUCCACAUUUCAUAAGUGCAUUAACAAUGAUACCACUGUACUGGAGUGUCAACGUGUGGAAAUGAAUUCUGAGGUAAUUAUUGGAUGUAACAUCGGCUAUCAAGGUUUCGGCAACGAUUCGCCACGAAUGCAAUGCACCUCCGAUGGUAAGUUCACCGAUAAACGUCCCACUUGUAACAUCGAUUGCGGAGUUCCUCGACCCAAUACGGCGUUAACGCUCGGAGAACUCGCUGUAGAGUAUAGUGAGAUGCCCUGGCAAGUCGCCAUUUAUCAAAAAACAGAUAAGGUGAACUAUAAAUUCGUUUGCGGUGGAUCCAUUGUAUCGCCGAGUGUAAUUGUAACAGCUGCCCAUUGUUUUUGGGAUGCCGUCGUAGAAGACAAAAUGCACGUUGGCUUCUUUCAGGUGGUCGCCGGUAAAUAUUAUCGCGACUACGAUAUGACUAAGGAUCCAGCUGCCCAAGCUGCAGAUGUUGCUGAAAUUGUAAUAUCUUCAAGCUUUCGCAAGGAAACAGACAAUUUCCUUGGGGACAUUGCGGUUGUUAAAUUGAAGAAACCUUUUAUCUUCAAUGACAAUAUAUCAGCCGUGUGUCUAAACAUCAAACCUAUCGCCGAUCUUGAUGUACCAAAUAAUCAAGAUGGCGCAGUUAUGGGUUAUAAUAAAGAAGAAGAAAACAUUUUUCGACGACUGCCUAUGAAAUCACUGUCUCAUCAUACUUGCCAAUUAAAGGAUAGGCUCGCAUCUUUAGCUAAUGAUAAAUUUUGCUUGCAAAACGAAGAUGAGGCGACCUUAUGUCGUGGUGAUCCUGGCGGCGGUUUUGUAGCUUAUAAUUCAGAAAUAAAACGUCACGAACUAUUGGGCAUUAUUAGUUAUACACGUUUCCGUAAUGCCGAAUGUGUUCGCGAAGGAAUUCUAACAGCAACCAACGUCAAUUAUAUAAGCGACGAAGUCAUACAGAAACUGGAACAGUUCAAGCAAGAAGACAAAGCCUUGUUUUAGAAUUUCAAUUUCUCACUUUCUAAUAAUAAAA